AUGGCCAAACUUCACAAAAGAGUGGUAGUACUACUUAUCGCCAUUCUCGUGUUUGCCUUGGGUGGAUUCCAGGUCCACCGCUACCGUACCAGCCGAAACCCGGCCUUUCUCUCUCUGAUGGCCGAGGAAGACUUGGCCUUGCGUGAGACAUUCCACUAUCCAAACUUCUCUUAUACUUUGGCUGACAAGUUCAGUGCGACCUUCAAAGGUAACUGGCAAGCCUUCUCCAGUGAAUCGAAAGCCAACAAAUGCUUGAAAUUCUUUGAAUUCCUCGAUUCAGCAGACCCCCACUGGGAGUUGAGGAAGAAUCUAGGGAGUGGUUAUGAUAAGAACAUUGUCCGGAAGCUGAACUUUAUGAGCAAUGAAUUCAAGAAGCUUGCCCAGCAAAGGACAAAUGAGGGCCACUCGGAUCCGUACAAGAUCACUCGCGAAGACCAGGACAAUGCUUCCCGCUUGUUUGAGGAGAAAUUGGCCAAAAGUAUGGCCAUGGAACAGAACAUGGCUGACUCAACGACUGUGUUGAGAAUAUUUGGGCACUGCUUUUACGGUAAAGAGAGGUUGGAGAUGGAUGACAAAUUAAGGGAUAUCUACAAGCGCUACAACAAGAAAAUAUGUCCGUUCGCAGAUUCUGAUGUUGCACACUUCGAGGUUGGCAACAGUCUGUUUACUCAUAAUCCAUCAGAUCCAAAUUUCCACAAUGGUGAUGAUGUCCUCGAUUACAGCUAUAGAAACUUGAAAGGCUCGGGAAUUGUGAUCUCGGCUGCUUCCAGAUAUAGUAGGGAUAUUGUGAAGUUUAUUCAUCUUCUCCGUGCCUUGGGAAACAAGCUUCCCAUUCAGCUCGUUUACCGAUCUGAUUUACUGGCUAAAGCCAGGAAGUCCCUUAUGUCCGCGGCCUACAGUACAAAAGAAGAGUUGCUCGGGGAGCAGCUCUCGAGCCAUAAAGUACUCAAACAGUUGUUCCCAAAUUUGGACAUCACUACUGCGGAGUUCAAGGACCGUGAAUUCCCCAUUCAAGAUAUCACCUUCAUCAACGCACAUCCAGCAAUCUCGGGCAAAAGCGACUUCACACAUUAUAGCAGUAAGAUCAUUGCACUUUUCUUCAGCACUUUCGAGAAUGUGCUUCUUUUUGACGCUGAUACGGUGCCUUUAGUUCCGCCCCAGACUUUUCUUGAGAUGAAAGAGUUUACGGAUACUGGUGCAUACUUUUUCAGGGACAGGUCUCUCCGUGAUAGCAACGAUUGGGUUGAAACCAACUUUUUCUCUAAGCUUAUGCCGCACAAUUCAUCGCCUUUAGAUAUGGCGAUGGGUGUGAAGCCUGUCACUGACCAUACCAUGGGCAACACCUACAUGACUGGAUGGAGGCAUCACCAGGAGGCUGGAUUGGUUGUAAUUGACAAAAAGCGCCAUUUUUCUUCCCUUUUUGGCCUAUUUGCACUUGCACUUUGGGGUGAGCCUAUCAAGUCCCUGAUAUGGGGAGACAAGGAAAUGUACUGGCUUGCUAUGUCAAUGAUGGGAGAUGAAGACUACACGUUCAACAAGUACUCGGCUGCAUCCGUUGGUGACGUCUCGGAGAUCCAAAAUAAGCUUUACAACAACACUAAAGCUGUGGAAGUUUGUUCAUCUCAUCCUGGACAUGUUUCAAAAGACGGAGUAUUACUUUGGAUCAAUUCUGGUUUUUCCUUUUGCAAGAAAAAUAGUUUUGUCAGAGAUCAGAAGCAUUUUCCAUUCAGCACUUUUCUGAGAGAGGUAUUGGAGAAGAUGUAUGACGAGCCUUUGCAUAUUCGUCUGGCAGUUGUUCCUCCUGACUUGCCUGUUCUCAGACCAGUGACUUCUCCACCUGACCAAACUGUGGAAUUGAGUACAUUGCUACAAUUCAAGAAGCGAAGAAAAGACAUUGACGAGCAGGAUGAAUUACGUCAGAUCAGUACCUUCAAUCCUCAGAAAGGUUGGAUUAAACAACCUGGUUGCCUGGCCUAUUAUUAUUGCGCAUAUGAUGCAGUGGAAUCUUAUAGUAGAGCUGGCGACCUUGACACCUCGGGAUCUCUAUUCACAUUUACUGACCAGCAACGAAGAGAAUACGAUUUUCUUGGAGUCAUCUGGAGCAGUGGUGUUAAACAAGUGAUAGAUUUCAAAUAUCCUGAUCUGAACUUGGGAACUUCCUCCCCCGUGCUUCACUCCAAGAACCAAGAACCAACUAAAGUUUCUGAUGCGAAUUCAAAGGAAAGUGAUCAGAAAUUAAAACUGUACUUGAACAUUUUCAAGAGUGAAGAAGAUGAAAAGGGAGCAGAAGUAAACGAAGAUAAUACUCAGCUUAUCUCGCUCAAGGGAGAGCUUCUUGCGGGACCUGAAACGUCAGACAAUAAAGAAUCGAAUAACCAGUACAAAGUACGAAAGGGAGCCAAGUAUGAGGACGAAGAUAACGAAUUCGAAAAGGAAAAGGUAAGAGAGAGGCCGGAACAUUUGAAAAACAACAUGAACGAAUUUAUCAACAAGUUUUUUGGACUGCAACCAACAGCUUCCCGCUUAGAAUAG